AUGACAGACGCUCAUUAAAGCUCCGCCGCUCACACCGGCGUUUGCGCUCACUAUAACUAUGCGCUUUAACGGGACACCGUCCCGGUUUAGGAGCCCGUGACCCGCCGAGAAGUUCAGCACUUUUGCUGCUCAUUCAGCCAUGGGGACCGGAUAAACGUGGACGGCGGAGGAAUGGACGGCGUGAAAACUGGCCAAACUCGAGAAGCCGUGUGACCUUUCUUCUUCUCCCCCCCGGUCCGCUCCCUGCUCCAUGUCGCCCUCCUCUCCGUGCCCGGCGUCCCCGCGGGACCGCGGGGGCUACAAGCCCCCCGUGCCGCCCCGGAGGCUCCGCGGCUCCGCCGGCCGGGAGGGGGGCUCCGCCGGCAGGGCGCGGCGCGCCGCCGCGGGGUCGUGGAGACCCGGGCCGGGGCCGGGUCCGGGGCCGGGGCCGGGGGAGCCCCGCCUGAAGUGCGUGCUGGUGGGGGACGGGGCCGUGGGGAAGACCAGCCUGGUGGUCAGCUACACCACCAAUGGAUACCCCACAGAGUACGUGCCCACUGCCUUUGACAACUUCUCAGCAAAGGUAUCUGUGGACGGGCAGCCAGUCAAACUACAACUCUGUGACACAGCUGGACAGGAUGAGUUUGACAAGCUCCGUCCUCUGUGUUACACCAGUGCAGACGUGUUCCUGCUCUGCUUCAGCGUCGUCAGUCCGGCCUCCUUCCAGAAUGUUCCAGAAAAAUGGAUUCCAGAAAUUCGUAAUCAUGCCCCCUUCGCUCCGAUCAUCCUCGUUGGGACACAGUGCGACCUUCGAGAGGAUGUCAAGGUCCUCAUUGACCUGGCUAAAUACAGAGAGCAGCCCGUGGACCCAUCGGAUGCCCAGGACUGUGCAGUGCAGAUUGGAGCUGUGGCCUACGUGGAAUGUUCCUCCUUAACCCAAAAGAAUCUUAAGGAAGUGUUUGACACAGCCAUACUGGCCAGCCUGAAUAAUAACAGCUCUUGUAAGCACCGGAGAGGGAAACAAAAACAUCCAAAAAAGCAAACGCAGGCACCGAACAAGAUGAAGAGCUUGUCCAAAUCGUGGUGGAAAAGGUACUGCUGUGUGGCCUAGAGCAGACCUGUGAUGCUUUUGGUGGUUGUUGUCAGUGCGGAUCAUCUAAUGAAAUGAUUCUAGUCUGGUUUCAGCUGACUGAGUCUUGGCUCUGAUUGCACAAAAGUUUGGUUUUCUAUCCAAAGAAAGCCUGGUAAAGGAACAUACCCAGACUGUUGAAGGAAAUCAAGUAAGACGGUCACAGAUGCAAACUGUUUUUGUUUAUACCGUGGAUGAGAUUUACUACUGAGCCUCUCAUACGAGUCUUCUCCAGCGUGCUUCCGUGUCUCAUUGAAUUAAACUGGUAUGACCCAGUUCUAUUCUGGGACCAGCAGAAGAUGUGAGGGUAUUGUUCAGGACUUGAUGGGUCCGGAUUCGAAGAGGAACUUGAAACCAUUUAAACUUUUGAGUUCUGGUAAAUCCUUCUCCGUCUGUUGUGGAUUUCAUGCGGCCUUGUUAUGUAGCCUUGAAAGGAAGAAUAUAAUUGUUAGUAUUGGUGACCAAAAUACUAGUACAUAUACUCACUGCUUUCAAAUACCCAUGAUUAGAAAGAACUACUGAAUGAAACAGAGCUGCCCUCAGACCAAAAUUUGUUAUUCAGGAUUUUCUGACCCAGACAUAAUCACCGGACACAUUUAAAGUCAGAACAAGUCUUGCCAGUAGCUAAUUUUAGAGCCAAUUUGGGACCAUUGUUAUUCUAGUGUAAGAACUUCCUUACUAACAGCUUCAUUUUAUCCUGGCCACAAGCACAGUUUCCUGUUGUGCUGCCCAUAAAUUAGUAUGUAACCUGGAUUUCAUUCUGAUCAUAACUCUCUUCUUAGCUUUGGUAUUUUAUCAACCUCGUUUAUAUCUCAUCAAAGGAAUAAUUGAAGCGUCUGAAAGUGCUAGUGUGGCUUGCUUGAUUCUUUUUUUUUU